AUGGCGAAAGUCUUGUGCUGCAUGCCAAGUUCCUCUAUGCUGACAGCUCCUCUGGCAUCAGGAUGCCCUCUCGGCUUCCAAUACCGUCUGAGCCCCUUGGCAUUCGGCAAUUCACCACGAAAGGACGCGAGUAUCUGCUCUGUUUCCAUGCUUGCGAAACAAAAAGGGCUGCGAGUGGGAACGGUGGCUGAUAACAGAGCAGCAAAAUUCAACUAUGAGAUCUUGGACAAGAUCGAGUGCGGAAUUAUCCUCGUUGGAACUGAAGUGAAGUCCUGCAGAGCUGGGAAAAUGAACAUAGAGGAGGGGUUUGCCAGGGUGGACAAGAACGGUGCUCUCAAGCUGCACAACUGCCACAUCUCUCGGCACAUGACCACGGGAACAUUUUUCAAUCACGAAGAAAAAAGGGUUAGAGACCUGCUAGCGCACAAGACAGAAAUCCUGAAGAUGGCAAAGGCACAAGACAUCAAGGGAAAUACCCUUAUCCCCCUAAGAGCAUAUUUCAAUGACCGGAGAUUGCUCAAGGUCGAGGUCGGGAUUUGUAGAGGAAAAGCCAAGGUAGACAAGAGGGAAGACAUGAAGAAACGCGAUGUAGGCAGAGAUACCAAGCGGGAACUCAAAGCGGCUGGUUAUUAA